AUGCUGAACCAGACAGAGCUCAGCGAGUUCAUCCUCUUGGGUCUCACUGAUAUCCAGGGGCUGCAGCACUUUUUCUUUGUUUGCUUCCUCUUGCUCUACUUGACCAGUCUUCUGGGAAAUGGUGCCAUUGUGACCACGGUGAUAGCUGAGCCCCAUCUUCACACACCAAUGUACUUCUUCCUGGGGAACUUGUCCUGCCUGCACAUUGUCUUCUCCACAGUCACUGGUCCCAAGAUGUUGACUGGCCUUCUCUUUGGACAUCAGCCCAUCUCUUUUGGUGGGUGCUUAGCUCAGAUCCACUUCUUCCACUUCCUGGGAAGUACUGAGGUUGUGCUACUGGCCACCAUGGCCUAUGACCCUUACGUGGCCAUCUGCAAUCCUUUGCGCUACACCCUUGUCAUGAGCCCCCAGACUUGUCUGCUGCUGGCUGUGGCCAGCUGGUCCAUUGGUUUUGUGCAUGCCAUGAUACACUCAGUCAUGACCUCUCAGCUGACUUUCUGUGGCCACAACCACAUUCAUCACUUCUUCUGUGACAUCAAGCCACUGUUGAAUUUGGCUUGCAGUAGUACCAGCCUCAACAUGACCCUCCUCAAUGUCAUUACCACAUCUGUUGCACUAGGCUCCUUUGCUCUCAUAGUCCUCUCCUACCUCUACCUCAUCUUCUUCACCUUCCAUAAAGUCCGGUCCCAGGAAGGAAGAUGGAAGCCCUUCACCACCUGUGCCUUCCACCUCACUGUUGUGGCACUGUUGUACAUUCCAGUGCUCUUCAAUUACACACCACCCUCCUCAGGAAGCUCCCUUCAAAGGGAUGUGCAAGUGUCUCUCCUGUACAGUGCUGUCACCCCAGCUCUGAACCCCUUGAUCUACACUCUUAGGAACCCGGAGAAGAGAUCUGCCCUGAAAAAAAUGCUAUGUUUUGAGUGGACAUAACUUGAGCAUGAUAUUGUCAACAUUUGACUUGAGUCAGACCACUGGAAGGAUCUGCUGAAUGAUGAAACCACUGAUCUGUAUUUACAUGAACUGCUACAGACAUGUUAAAUGUCCUCAAGUAUCCUACCCUGACUUUGCCUUUGGAUCCAGAACUGGACACGUCUGUUGCAGUUCCUUUGUCACACUCCAUGCCUGUGAUUUAAGGACAUUCCUAAGAGCACUGGAUAUCUACUUAUACUUGGGUACCAAAUCCCAACUUUAGUGUGGGAUGCAGCGGUUUAUAAGUACUUAAUUUUGAGAUUUUGUGUGUCUUAACACAGACAUUCAGCACCUUCAGUCUUAGCCUGGAUUACAGUUUCAUGUCAUGGAAUCGUAUCAUAGAAUCAUAGAAUCAUUUCAGUUGGAAGAGACCCUCAGCAUCACUGAGUCCAACCAUAACCCAAUCCUAGCACUAAACCAUGUGCCUAAGAACCUUCUCGAAACACCUUUUCAACCCCUCCAGGGAUGGUGACUCCAGUACUGCCCUGGGCAGCCUGUUCCAUUGCCUGAAAACCCUUUCCGGGAAAAUCUUUUUCUAAUAUCCAAUCUAAACCUCCCCUGGCAUAACUUGUGGCCAUUUCCUCUUGUCCAAUCAGUUGUUUCUUGGGAGAAGAGACCAACCCCCUCCAUUCUCCAACCUCCCUUCAGGCAGUUGUAGAUAGCAAUAAGGUCUCCCCUCAGCCUCCUUUUCUUAAGGCUAAACAGACCUUGUUCCCUCAACUGCUCCUCAUCACACUUGUGCUCCAGGUCCUUCACCAGCUUCAUCACCUCCUCUGCACUCUCUCCAGUACUUCAAUAUCCCUCUUAUGAUGAGGGGCGCAAAACUGAACACACUAUUCGAGGUGAGACCUC